CUAAUCUAUGGUUUUGAGGUUAUGUUUGUGAUGUGUCAAAGAAUUCUGCGAUUCAAAAAUAGUUAGGAAUGUUGGUUUAGGACAACUGUGGCAACUCUAAUUAGAUUUCCUCAGUAAAAGGUGAAACUACUAUAAUGGCAGUGGUUAUUGAAACGACUCUUGGCGAUAUCACCGUGGAUUUGUACUUGGAGCAGCGUCCUGUAACAUGUCUGAAUUUUUUGAAAUUAUGCAAGAUGAAAUACUACAAUUUCAACUUAUUUCACACCAUAAGAAGUGGCUUUAUUGCCCAAACAGGAGAUCCUAGUGGAGAGGGCUCUGGAGGGCAGUCUAUUUUUGGCUUAUUAGAAGGACCAGAGAAACGCUUCUUUUCAGGUGAAAAGAUGCCAAAAAUUCGUCACACAAAUGCCGGCUUAUUAUCCAUGGUUUGUUCCGACGAUAUGAUGGUCGGGUCGCAAUUUUUCUUCACUCUCGCGUCUGAUUUGGAUUCCCUAGAUGGUGUACAUUGUGUCAUAGGAGAAGUUGCAGAAGGCCACGAAGUACUCCGGAAAUUGAAUGAGGUAAUCUGUGAUGAAACACAUAGACCUUAUCAAGAUGUAAGAGUAACACAUACUGUGAUAUUGGAGGAUCCAUUUAAUGAUCCACCAGGUUUUCGAUCACCUUCAAGAUCUCCAUCUCCAAGUGCUGAAAGAUUAAAAGGUGGCAGAAUCGCACCUGAUGAAGAAAUUGACGAAACACAAGGCAGAACAGCAGCUGAAAUCCAGGAAAUUAUUGAAGAGAAGGAGGCGAAAGCUAGAGCUACCAUUCUAGAAAUUGUUGGUGACCUACCUGAUGCAGAUAUAGCUCCCCCAGAAAAUGUGCUCUUUGUUUGUAAACUCAAUCCAGUGACUACAGAUGAAGAUUUGGAAAUAAUCUUCAGUAGAUUCGGAAAAAUUGUGAGCUGUGAAGUCAUUAGAGACAAAAAGACCGGUGAUUCCUUGCAAUAUGCUUUUAUAGAAUUUUCUGAUAAGAAGUCAUGUGAAGAUGCAUACUUUAAAAUGGAUAAUGUUCUCAUAGAUGAUAGGCGUAUACAUGUUGAUUUUUCACAGUCAGUGUCUAAAAUGAGAUAUCUCGGUAAGGGUAGAGGUGUACAGCACCUGGAUGAUGAUGGCAAUGUAAAAGGAAAUCACUUCAAGUCAAACCAGGAUAAAGAGAGGUACAGAUACCAUCCGAAUCGUCAAAGUGAUAGAGAAAAAUAUCAUAACAGUAAAUGUGAUGAUGAAAAGUAUAAAGAGAAAGAGGAUAGAAAGACUCAAUCUACUGGUCAUAGCAGUAAAACAAGACAAGACAGACAUAAUGACAAGCAUCAUUAUAACAAAGACAGAGGUGUAGACAAUUAUGAAAGGAAGAAAAAGUAUGAAAAUGAAAAACGAAGCAGAGGCAGAAGUAGAUCAGAAGAAAAAUCUAUGAGUAAAAGUGAAAAAUUCAGAAGUAGAUCUGAUAAUCAUAAAAAUAAUGAUAGUAUGAGCAGUUCUAGACAAUAUGAUACAUCACAGAGUCAUAAGAAAAGUAAAUCUGAUAGGAUUCACAGUGAUAGGCAAAGAGAAAGAGAGAAAUCCACUUCUCCUUCCAAAAACACUAAAGAUAAAGCAGACAAAAAGUGUGAAGAGUCUGAACAAAAUGAAAAUAGGAAAAGAAAAAAUAGCAGUCAUAACAAUGUCACAAAGCAUCAAACAUCUAAUAGUAGUGAUAAUUUAAAGAACAAAAAAUCAAAGAAUCAAAACGAAGAAUUAGAUAAAAAACAUGACAGGCGACGGGAUAGAGUGAAUGAUAAACAUGUCGAGCCUCGCACUCCGUCUCCUGCAAAAGAAAAGAAACAAAGAAAAGACAAAAAAAUUUUGAAACAUGUAGAGAAAAAUAAGAAACACUCUAAAAGAGAAUUAAAUAAGAAAAAGAAAAGAAAACCCUCAACUUCCUCUUCUGAGUCUGAAUCAUCAGACUCCAGUUCAUCAAGUACUGAAACAAGUUCUAGUGAUUCAGAUACCAGAAAGAAAAAGAGAUCAAGAAGAAAGAGGAAGCAUUCAACAUCUAGCAGCAGUGAAUCUAGUGACAGUUCUUCUAGUUCAAGUAGUUCAGACUCUAGUAGUUCAACUAGUUCAAGUUCUGAUAGUGAAAGAAACAGAAAAAGAGCAAGGAAAACUAAAAAGAAAGUGGUCAAGAAAAAUAAGAAAAAAACUUAGUAUCCAUGCAUGUUAAGUUAUAAAAUUAUAUUAUUG